UGGGUGGGGCUCCGGGUGAGUGAGUGACGGGCGCGGCGGCGGCGGCGGUGGCGGUGACCGGGUGACGGUUUGCACUGGAGUGAGCGGCGGCGGCGGCGGGUCGUCGAGCGGGGCCCGGGUAGUGCUGCAUCCCAAAGUGGCAGGAAGGUAUUGCUGUGAAGAUGUCGCAUCUCAGCGAUUGCAUUCACUUGGAAUCCGUGGGCGAAGUGACGAAAGACGAACUGAUUGAGAAGUCUCAUGGCACUUGUCAAGAUUGUAAAGUUGGUGGUCCAAACCUCUGGGCAUGUUUGGAGAAUGGCUGUUCCUAUGUCGGAUGUGGAGAAUCCCAUUCGGAUCACAGCACUCUCCAUUCCCAGGAGACCAUGCACAAUCUCACUGUAAACCUCACCACCCUGCGAGUUUGGUGUUACGCGUGUGGCAAAGAAGUAUUUUUGGAGAGGAAACUUGGACCCCUACCAGUACAGCAUACAAGAAUACUUAAAGUCCCCGAACACCCGGACUCCUCUCCCGAGCCGUCACCAAAGGAUCGUAACACGAUAGCAGGAAGUUAUCUCGACCCAGAAGCUGAAUAUGACGACAUCAGGAAUAGAGGUCUCACUGGUUUGAAAAACAUUGGAAACACUUGCUAUUUGAAUGCUGCUCUUCAGGCCCUUUCCAACUGCCCGCCCUUAACUUUGUUUUUCCUUGAAUGUGGAGGCUUGGUGCAGACGGACAAAAAACCAGCCUUGUCGAAAAGCUACCAGAAGCUGAUGGCAGAAAUCUGGCACAAAAAUCGCCCGAGCUAUGUUGUGCCUACAAGCCUAUUCCAGGGGAUUAAAACUGUGAAUCCAAUGUUUCGUGGGUAUUCCCAACAGGAUGCCCAAGAAUUUUUGCGCUGUUUGAUGGAUCAACUUCAUGAAGAACUAAAGGAACAAGUUGCGGAGCAGAUUGCAGAGUCCCAAUGUAUAACCAUGAUCGAGCAAAUGGAAGAAGAAAACUCGUCAGAUAAUGAAUUUCAGUCUUGCGAUUCGUGCGCUGGUAGCGAUAAAGCUGAUGGCGAGAGCAACCUGAAGAUGAUGACUGAAGAUCAGGGGGGAGAGCUGCUGAUGCACGAGGAACUGAAGAAUCACGCUCCCACUAAAGUCCGGUCACAAGAGAGAAGUUUGCUGCAUAAACUUUACAACCACAGCACGGGAGACGACUUGGAUAAAGACAUGGAUACUUCCACAGAGGUUAUCACAGAUGUGUCAAUGCACAAUUCGUCGACACCUAACAGUCCUAUGCUGAAUGAGGCAAAUUCAAGGUUGUCCAGCAGCCCACCGCGAUCUACUUCAGUGUGGGGAGGUCUUGUUUCCUCACACAAAAAAGUUACCUCUUUUGUACCGCUUAAAAAAAGAAAACAAGCAAAGUACAAAAGUGUUAUCUCUGACGUCUUUGACGGUACCAUUGUGAGUUCGGUGCAGUGUUUGACUUGUGAUCGGGUGUCCACCACUCUGGAGACAUUUCAAGAUCUGUCCCUGCCUAUCCCGGGUAAAGAAGAUUUGGCCAAGCUUCAUUCUUCAAGUCACCAAAUGUCCUUGGUGAAAGCAGGGUCAUGUGGUGAGGCCUAUGCUCCACAAGGCUGGAUCGCGUACGUCAUGGAAUACAUCAAGAGUUGGUUCUGGGGCCCUGUUGUAUCUUUGCAGGACUGCUUGGCUGCCUUUUUCGCCAGAGAUGAGCUCAAGGGUGACAACAUGUACAGCUGUGAAAAGUGUAAAAAGUUGAGAAAUGGGGUGAAAUUCUGCAAAGUGCUGGUGUUGCCAGAGAUUUUGUGCAUUCACUUGAAGAGGUUCAGGCACGAACUCAUGUUCUCCACCAAAAUCAACAACCAUGUGUCAUUUCCAUUGGAAGGACUUGACCUUCAACCUUUCCUCGCUAAAGACAGCCCUUCUCAAAUCACAACCUAUGAACUUUUAUCUGUUAUCUGUCAUCAUGGUACCGCAAGUUGUGGCCACUACACGGCUUUUUGCCUAAAUGACCUGAACGAUCGAUGGUACGAAUUUGACGACCAAUCUGUAACGGAGGUGUCUCAGUCGACUGUGCAGAACGCAGAGGCUUAUGUGCUCUUCUACAGGAAGAGCAGCGACGAGAUGCAGAAGGAAAGGCAGCGAGUAACGCAUCUGCUGAAUAUGAUGGAGCCAAGUCUGCUCCAGUUCUACAUCUCGCGUCAGUGGCUGAACAAAUUCAAGACGUUUGCAGAGCCCGGGCCCAUUAGCAAUAAAGAGUUCCUCUGUGUCCAUGGAGGUGUUCCCCCUCGGAAAGCCAGUUACAUAGACGACCUGGUCGUGAUGCUGCCUCAGAAUGUAUGGGACUAUUUGUACAGCAGGUUUGGAGGGGGUCCAGCUGUUAACCAUCUCUACACCUGUCAACACUGUCAGAUUGAGAUUGAAAAGCUUGAAAAGAGAAGGAAGAUGGAACUGGAAAUGUUUGUGCGGUUAAACAAAGCUUUCCAAGAAGAAGAAUCGCCCUCUGUUAUCUACUGCAUUAGCAUGCAGUGGUUCAGAGAAUGGGAAGGAUUUGUCAAGGGCAAGGAGCAUGAGCAUCCUGGUCCAAUUGAUAACACUAAGAUCGCCAUUGGCAAGAGCAACCACCUCUCUUUAAAGCAAGGAGCAGAUUCCGGCCAAAUUUCCGAGGAGACGUGGAAUUUUCUGCACUCGAUCUACGGAGGGGGCCCGGAGAUCGCUCUGAGACAGAAUGUCGUCCACCAGGAUACGUCUUCCGCAGAAGAAAAAAACGAGGUUGAAAUCCGUCCAGUCCAAUAAUGGUUAAAGCAAAUAUUUAGGAACUGAAACUGAGAUGAAUAAUUUGCUGAAUUGUGAGCAUUCCAGGAUGUGAGAUAUUUUCCAAAUCUAAUUCUUGCAGUGGCAUUAACAGUACGUGUUUAGAGACAAUCACAAAGUCAUCCCUGUUUUUGUAAAGUAGUUUGACGUAUGUUUCUGGUCUGCCUGUAAACUGAGAGAUGAUUGUGUUUUCUGGAUGGUAUCUGAUGUAGAUUUGGUCUGUGAAUGGCCCACGCACUGAAAGUGUACAAGUAUGAAGCAAAACGCUUAUAUUAAGUCGACUCAGGAAAGCACUGAUUAUUUGUUUCUUUGCACUGCACUGUGGAUGAAAAAUGUAAAAUUGCAAAUGCCUUGUCCUUGCUAUUGUGAGCAGGUAAAGGAAUAUUCUUGAGAGCUCGCAAAAAUGAUGCACAUGAGUCUGUGUAAUAUGUAGGUCAGGUUAACCCCGUGUGUACAUUCACACAAGUUAGAGCAUCUUGCAAAGAAAGCUCUUGAGCACAACAUGUUAUAUUGCCAUUACUGGAAAUACCUAAUUUCCCGUCUCUGCCUAUUCCCAAUUCAUAUUGAAGGUCAACAAUAUGGGUGGCAUAGCGGUAGAGUUGCUGCCUUACAGCACCAGAGACCCUGGUUCGAUCCUGACAUGGGGUCUGUACGGAGCUUCUACGUUCUCCCCGUGACCGCAUGGGUUUUCACCGUGCGAUCCGGUUCCAAAGACGUGCUGGUUUGUAGGUACAUUGGCUUGGUGUAAGUGUAAAAUUGUCCCGAGCGUGUGUAGGAUAAUGUUAAUGUGCGGGGAUCGCUGGUCGGCACGGAAUUGAUGGGCCUCGUCAGAGUUUUGGACUCCUUCAGAGUUUUGAAUUAACUGUGGGAAGGCCAAGAGUGCUGCAUUGUUGGAUGUGCUAUCAAAGUGCCCUGGUCCUCUGGGCAAGCGAUCAGUGCUAGGCCACAACGUCUCAGCGCUGUCCUGUCUCUGCUCUGCACUGCUGAGGAGGAUUUCACACAGACUCCAUCGACAGCAAUGUAAUCUUGACCCAACCAGCUACACUAAACCCAGGUCGGUGUUUGUGUUUAAUCUGCUCAAGACUGCAUUAUUGGAAAAAAAAACUAGUUUGCCAUAGCAAAGGAUUUGUGGAGGAGAGAGGAAACAUAAUGGUUGUUUUUCUUUCCUCUGCUGCAUAUUUAAUUUAGUUUAGAUACAGCGCGCGGAAACAUAGAAACAUAGAAAAUAGGUGCAGGAGUAGGCCAUUCGGCCCUUCGAACCUGCACCGCCAUUCAAUAUGAUCAUGGCUGAUCAUCCAACUCAGUAUCCUGUAAACAGCCCUUCGGCCCUUCGUACCCCCGAGUCCGCGCAGACCACCGAUCCCCGCACACUAACACUAUCCUACAUACAUCAGGGACAAUUUACACAUACACCAAGCCAAUUAACCUACAAACCUGUACGUUUUUGGAGCGCGGGAGGCACCCGUAGUCGGGAUCGAAUCCAGGUUUCCGGCACUGUAAGGCAGCAACUCUAUCGCUGCGCCACCCAUACUGUUGCUGAAAUUUCCCUUCCCCCUUUAUGUUGGUUUGUAAGAUUACAAAAUGUGCACACAGUUUAGUUUAGUUUGGAGAUACAGCAAGCGAACAGGCCCUUCGGCCCACCGAGUACUCGCCGACCAGUGAUCCCCGCACACUUACACUAUCCCACGCACAUUAGGGACAACUUGCGAUUACACCAAGCCAAUUAGCCUACAAACUUGUACAUCUUUGGAGUGCUUUCAGCGACAUCUGUGAACAUGUAUAAAACAAAAUGGCCAGCUGGUCCGUAAAGCUUGCCAACACUCAUCGAUGGAGCUACCAGGCUGGAAUUCCCACCUCUUGCCAGCUCUCUCCAGCAGAAUAGUUUUAUCCGUUAGCCCAUGGAUUUUGUACUCAAGAAGGUGAAAACUGGUGCACUAACCUUUCCAUUGUGAUGGAUUUCGGGUGGCGCAGCGGUAGAGUUGCUGCCUUACAGCGCCAGAGACCUCAGUUUGAGUCUGACUUUGUGUGCUGUCUGUGCGGAGUUUGUACGUUCUCCCCGUGAUCUGGGUUUUUUCUCCGGGUGCUCCGGUUUCCUCCCACGCUCCAAAGACGUACAGGUUUGUAGGCUAAUUGGCUUCGGUAAAAUUUGUAAAUUGUUUAAGACAGUGUUGGUGUGCGGGGAUCGCUGGUUGGCGCGGACUAGGUGGGCUGAAGGGCCUGUUUCCGCAGUACAUCUCUAAGCUAAACUUAAACUAAACUUAGAUUCGGACUCAGAUGCAUGAUUCUUGGCAGUUUUCUCAGGACUAUUCCACUAAAAAUGCAGGUGUUUCUUCUCCAGGCAAAAAUGAUGUAGCUGAUGCAAAAAUGAUAUUGAAGCACGUUAGACUGACUAAUUACUCUUGUGUAACAACCUUGAGUUGAUCAAUUAAAUACCAGUCUCCUUAGCAUGUGCCUCAAAGGAAUGCUCCAUAAAUGUAAAAGAAUGUGUUAGUGGGUAUGUGACUCUUCUCUUUCCAACAGGUUUAUCCCUUGAGUGUUUUUGUAUUAAUUUAUUUUUUAAAAUGCGCAUAUAAAUCUCAACU